GUUUUAUUCUGUUUUUAGAGCAGCAGCAUCACAUGUUGUUUUCCUCACCUCCAGAGAAGAUCCGAAGGCGUAGCGCGCGGACCAGGCGACCCGAGCCGAGCCCCGCGUCACCAGCGAUGGAUUAAGCAGCACCCGGGACCCGCUCUGGACUAUUUUUUCGUGAGGAUUUCUGCGGCGCGACGCGAGAGAAUCGUGGGGGGAUAACCGUGAGAAAUGGCGAGUCCCCCUCCUACACCGACUGCGACGGGGGGACACCUGUUAUCUAACGGUGGCGUUAAGAAGUACGGGUACCUCAGGAAGCAGAAGCACGGACACCGGCGCUUCUUCGUGCUCCAGGAGGCUACGGAGAGGAGCCCCGCGCGUCUGGAAUACUACGAGAGCGAGAAGAAAUGGAGGAACAAAUCCGCGGCCAAGCGCUGCAUAACUUUGGACUCGUGCCUGUGCGUAAACAAGCGCGCCGACGCCAAACACAAGCACCUCAUCGCGCUCUACACCAAGGAUGAGUAUUUCGCCGUGGCCGCGGAGAACGAGCCCGAGCAGGAGAGCUGGUACCGCGUCCUGAGCGAGCUGAUCGCCGAGGGGAAGGUCUACCACAGCCCCGCGUCCACCUCCUCCCUGGUCGGGUUCGAGGAGUCCAGCUAUGGACCCGUUGCCCCCGCGAACGCCGCCUACAAGGAGGUUUGGCAGGUGAACCUCAAAGCGAAGGGACUGGGCCAAGUGAAGAACCUGGUGGGGGUUUAUCGUCUGUGUUUGUCCGGUCGCACCAUCAGCUUCGUCAAACUGAACUCGGAGACGCCCGCGGUGAGUCUGCAGCUCAUGAACAUACGGAGGUGCGGACACUCCGAUAACUUCUUCUUCAUCGAGGUGGGGCGGUCCGCGGUGACGGGCCCGGGGGAGUUCUGGAUGCAGGCGGAGGACCUGGUGGUGGCGCAGAACAUCCACGAGACCAUCCUGGAGGCGAUGAAGGCGAUGAAGGAGCUGUCCGAGUUCCGUCCGCGGAGCAAGAGCCAGUCCGCGAGCACGAACCCGAUCUCCGUCCCGACGCGACGCAACCUCAACAACCUCCCGCCGAGUCAGACCGGACUCGUGCGCCGGUCACGCACGGACAGCACGGCCGCGAUGUCGCCGGGCCGGAAGUUCACGUCGUGCCGCGUGCGCACCGCCAGCGAAGGCGACGGGAGCAUGACUCGGCCCGUGUCCAUGUCCAUCCCGAUCACCGGAAGUCCCACGAGCCUCGGGAGUCACCUGAUCCGCUCGCACACUCUGAGCAGCGGCCGCACGUGCAGGAUACUGGAGACGAACCUGCACCACAGCCGCUCCACCUCCGGGUCCAGCUCGCCCCCCGCGGCGUCCAGUCCGCUCAGCUCGUCCCCGCGCGCCGCCACCACCGCGCUCUCCACUCCGGACAAAACGCGGCGGCCGUUCAGCUGCAGCGCGUCCAUUUCCGGUUCCCUCAGCGACAACGGCUUCAUGCUCUGCGACGACUUCAGCUCCAGCCCGAGCGAGGCGCGCUUCCUGCCGCUGAUGCGAAGCGACACGCCCGACUCUCUGUGCAGCACACCGCCCUCUAGAGACGCGAGCGACCCCUGCGGGUACAUGAUCAUGGAAGGGUCCAAAUCCGCCGGAAGCAUUGACAAAUCUUACCGCAAGAGGACGCACUCCCUCACGACGCCGCGGCAGCAGAGGGUGGUCGCUCCUCUGUCCUCCGCAUCUUUAGAUGAGUACACUUUAAUGCGGAUGGGUCAGAAUUCCCAAUCCGCGUCUCCUAAAGUCUCUUAUCCCGAAGAUUACGGCGACAUUGAAAUCGGAUCGUCCCGUAGUUCGAGCAGUAACUUGGCCGAUGACGGUUACAUGCCCAUGACUCCAGGCGUCGCACAACAAUCGCAAACUCCCAAAACCGACAGUUACGUCGUGAUGAGCCCGAUGUGCGUCUCUGCUCCCAAACAGAUCGUGAAUCCGAGAGUGCACCCCCAAAUGGCGAGCGGCGGUAACUACAAGGCCAACUCUCCGUGCGGCAGUUCCCUCGAAGACAGCGGGUACAUGCGCAUGUACUGCGGCUCCAAGUCAAGCAUGGACAGUCCCGAUCGUCACAGCGAGUACAUGAACAUGUCUCCAGGAAACCCACCUCCGCUCCAAACUCCUCCCGACUAUUUCAUGAGCGAACCGGCGCGACCGACGCCGUACCAGGCGAACUCACUAACUCUGCCCGCGCGACUUCCGACGUCCACCAACGAAGACAAUCAGUACGUCCUGAUGAGCCCGCAGAACUCCCGGCAAAGAAACGGCGAUUCCGACUACUAUUCGGUGAUGCAGCCGAGCCAGAACUCCCCGCUGACGCCCUCGCCGAUUCGAAACGCCCGCCCCGACAGCGCCCCCUACCGAGGACGCAUCGGAAGGCCCAACAGGCUGUCGCUGGACGCGGUGAGGACGCUCCCGAGCAUGAACGAACACCCCAACAACGAACCGCGGAGUCCAGGAGAGUACAUCAACAUCGAGUUCAACCCGGCGCGUUUCUCCCCGCCGUCCACGGUCUCCACGGAGAGCCAGGCGUCCUCUUUAGGGUCCAACAGCGGCGGUCCGAACGAUUACAUGAACCUCGAGCUGAGCGUGAAGGAGGAGGCCGAGGAGCGCCAGGAGUUCGGAAAUCCGACGCAGGAACGUCGAGACGAACCCAAGGGCGACUACCAGGAGAUGAGCUUCGGGAUGACCAGUUCACCCCCGCAGAUGGUGCCACAAAACUUCGUCAGUGGCCGCCUGCCGCUCGCUCCUCCCCUCACCGCCCCGCGCGACGAGCACCAGGUCGGCGUCUUCCACCUGGACCCGACCCCGGACCCGGACCGCUCGGCCAAGGUGAUCCGCGCCAACCCCACGGGCCGCCGCCGCCACAGCUCCGAGACCUUCUCCUCCACCGCCACCGUCACGCCCGUGCCGCCCUCCUUCGCCCAGAAAACGCCCCCCAAGCGUCACAGCUCCGUGGAAAACCUCUCGUCCCGGUCCAGCGACGGGUCCGACGAGGAGGCGAGCACCGGCAGCCCCGCGGUCCAGAAGAGCGGCGCGGCGAGGGCGGACUACGCGGCCGGACUCAACUACCUGGCUCUGCUGGAGGGGAAGCAGGAGGAGAUGGUCGGGUUUAAGGCGGCGCACAGCUGCAAAGGUGUCGUGAACGGACUGCACGCCUCGCCCUACGUCUGUCUGGGCUUCAAAGAGACCGCCACCACUGCAAAAGAUUGAAGACGGACGGACGCGUCUCGCCUCUUCGGUCUUUCCAAACUAAACUGCUGCUCUUCUUCGGUUCAGACUCUGGACUUUCUGGGUUUUUGUGGUUCUGUAUUUGAGGCUCCGAUCUGAACCACGUCCCCCCCCUCCCUCCUCAAAGACUGCUGGACCGAGCCUAUGCACCUCCCCUCUCACUUCUCCACACGGUACCUGAAUAUUUAAAGACUUUAGACGACAAAAAACAAAACAAAAAAACAACGGUACACUGAAAAUAAAUAAAUAUAACAGUUAUUUAUUUUUGAAAAUCGAAUGUUGGAUAUUCCAGUUGCCUUAAUGUUGAUAAUAUGUUUUCUAUGUUUUGGAAAUCUGGAUGUUCUAUUGAGGCUGCUGCAGUAUUGAGUCGUUUUUUGUAACUAAUUUAUUUUUGCUCAUAGAAAAACGUCUAUUUUAAAUGCACGUGUGCACUGCGAACCUCAACACUCCCAGUUUUCAAAAUAAAAGUCUGAAAGGUUAAAGGGCCAAUAUUACGCUCUUCUCGAGUGUGUUCUAAAGUCGUUUCCUCGACGUAAACAACCCUGGAGUCGUGUUUUUUUGUUUCAUUCGCACAAAAAACUGCAGAUUUAAGCUGAGGUGAAAGAAUCAGUGUGUCGUUUGUUCAUUUGUUUUUCAAAAUAAAACCAAAAAUAAGAAAAUGAAAAAACGAUUUUCUUCAUUAUUUGUCUCCAAAACCAAAAUGAAAAAAAACAGAUAAUGAUUUGUUUUUUCAGUUUUUUGAUUUUGUGUUUAAAUGAAAAAUGGAAAAAACGGAUAAUGGACUAAACUAGAACUAAAACAAGACUAAACCAGGACUAAACCAGGACUGAACCUGGACUAAACCAGAACUAAUCCAGGACUAAACUAGGACUGAACCUGGACUAAACUGUUUUCAGUCCUGGUCUGGUCCCAGUCUCAGUCCCGGUCUCAGUCCCAGUCUCAAUCCUGGUCCUCUUCCCGGUCUCAGUCCUGGUCUCAGCUUUGGUCCUGGUCCCAGUCUGGUCCCGAUUUGGUUCCAGUCUCAGUCCCGGUCUCAAUCCUGGUCCUCUUCCCGGUCUCAGUCCUGGUCUCAGCUUUGGUCCUGGUCCCGGUCUGGUCCCGGUCUCAGUUCUGGUCUGGAUCCGGUCUGGUCCCAAACUCAGUCCUGGUCUGGUCCUGGUCUAAGUCCUGGUCUCAGUCCCGUUCUGGUUCCGGACCUGUUUUAGUCAUGUUUUAGUCCUGGUUCAGUCCUGGUUCAGUCUGUUACCUGUUUUUUCAUUUUGGUUGUGGAGACAAAUAAUGAAGAAAAUGUUUGUUUUUUCAUUUUCUUAUUUUUGGUUUUAUUUUAAAAAACGACUGAAUGAACGACACACAGAUUUACAAGGAGCUGUGAACUUGAAAACUCCCCCUUUGUGACAUCACAAGGUGGACCAGAGCAUUUGGAGGUUUGAAGAGAAUAUUAAAGUGUUACUCAAACUUUUGUGAAUGAAACAAAACAAAAAAAGAGUAAAUUCUGUGUAAUAUCGGACCUUUUAAUCGAAUUUUGGACUGAUUUUGUGAAAGGAAAAUGGUACAUAGAAAUUUCAGUUUGGAGACAAAGGGGUGAAGCCAGAAAUUAUUAUUAUUAUGAUGACAUUUUGGCUAUUUUUUUGUGUAAUAUUUGCACACACAAAAAAGAAGAAAAUGAUGGUACAAUGUAGGUACAAGGUAAAGCAAAAACAACGGUACAGAAGACUCUUAAAAUAAAUAAAUUAUAUUAAAAAAAAAAAAAGAUCUACAAAGACUCAAAUCUGAUUCCAAUGACUGAAAUCUGAUCAAAAUGUUGAGUUAUUUUUUUUAUCUUAUCCAAGAAAUUUCUGCCUUGAAUUGUAAUUUUUAAAUAUUCUAUUCUAUUUUUAAUUCUCGUUUCUUACGUAAAACACCUGAACAGUAUUUUUGUUAAUUAUUUGGAUUUGUAAAGUUAAAAAAUUGAAAUUUAAAUAGAAAAUUACGUCAAGUUAUUUUGUGUGAAAUAAUAAAUACAUAGAUUUUAGAGUAAGCAUUUAUACAUAAUAUUUAAAAUAAUUUCCCCAUUUUUAAAAAUGUACUGGUUAAUAUUUGUAACGCUACCAAAAGUUAAAUUUCUUUUUUUUAUAUUUUUUUCUUUAAUCUCCAACUUAGAUAACGCCCACCAAAAAUUCACCAAAAUUCAAAUAUUUUUUAUAAUAAUAACCUAUUUUCCCUAACAAAUGCCACUUGUAAUUAAAUAUUCGCACUUAUAAUUACAGCUAAUUUCCUUCUGGCCCCUCCCCCUUUUAUGUUAAUUAGAGUUUCGUAGGAUUUUUUCACUCGUCUCUGAAUGUAUUUGCGUCUCCAGAGAUACUACACAUAUUUGAUGCUGUCUAUUUAUCUGUCGUGUAUAUUUUGUACAUAAGGAAAGAAUUUAAGAAUUAUCAAAAAGUCUAUUACAUUUUGGCUACGAUUUAUAAGAAUACUUUUGCUUUGGGGAUGAAUAUUCUGCAUUGCUUUUUCCUUCAUGUGAAAUGUAAAAGUCUAUAAUAAUAUGUCUAUUUUUAUUAAGCUAGCGAUCUCUGCCUUUACCUGACUUUCGCCGUAUGCAAUAGAGACAACGGAGAGUUUACAAACAGGAAACCAAAUUAUAACGUAAAUUUAAAUAUAUAUAUAUAUAUUCUGCUCCACGUGCUUUUGGAUGUUUUGUUUUUGGAGUUUGGGUGGGUUCGGUGGGUCGGGGUUUCGGUGCGACUUGAAUGUGCGGUCUUCCACUGUACAUAGAGAUUUAUCUAAAGUUGUGUCAGAGACGGCCUGAGCUCGUCCAGUAUUUGUCUGUAAUUAUUAUGAUAGAAAUCUAAAUAAAUGAAUUUAUUUAAACAAGUACAAA